AGACUGCCUCCCUUGAACAAAGGGUCCCCAAGUAGUAGUAGCAGCGGUAGAUCACUAUCAUCGCACACAUAUGUUAAUGCAUUUCUAAAAAUACACUUACACUCAAUAUCUAAGUACAUAUAGAGAUAUUUUUUUAAAACAGUUGUAGGUUGGUGGUUGUAGUAUUUUCGCCUGGCUGGCGUCUUAUGUGUUGGGACCGUACAAGUGCUUUCCCAAGCCGCGACGGAGCUUGGAGCCUUCGCCGUCCAGCUUCCCCGGCUAGCAUCGACGCUAGCUGGCUAGGAGCAACUCCGCCUUUUGGUGGCCUUUUCUCUGCAGGCUGUUCGUCAAAGUCAUUCAAGCUGUACUCUCCCAAGGAACCCCCCAACGGCGGAAGCUUUCCACCUUUCCACCCAGGCGCUAUGCUGGACCGAGAUGUGGGGCCCACACCCAUGUAUCCCCCGUCAUACAUGGAACCAGGAAUGGGGAGACCCACACCGUAUGGAAACCAGACAGACUAUCGCAUGUAUGAGCUGAACAAAAGGCUACAGAAUUGGACAGAGGAUUGUGACAAUUUGUGGUGGGAUGCAUUCACCACAGAGUUUUUCGAGGACGACGCGAUGCUUACCAUAACUUUCUGCCUUGAAGAUGGACCCAAACGAUACACCAUUGGUAGGACGUUGAUUCCGAGAUAUUUUCGAAGCAUCUUUGAGGGUGGGGCAACAGAGCUCUUCUACAAUUUGAAGCAUCCGAAGGAAUCCUUCCACAGUAACUUUGUGUCUCUCGACUGUGACCAGUGCACCAUGGUCACCCAGAACGGCAAACCCAUGUUCACACAGGUUUGCGUGGAGGGUCGUCUGUACCUCGAGUUCAUGUUUGAUGACAUGAUGAGAAUCAAGACGUGGCACUUCAGCAUCAGACAACACCGAGAGGUCCUCCCCAGAAGCAUCCUGGCCAUGCAUGAUCCUCAGAUGCUGGAUCAACUGGCUAAAAAUAUCACCAGAUGUGGGCUGUCCAACUCCACUCUCAACUACCUCCGUCUGUGUGUGAUAUUGGAGCCCAUGCAAGAACUGAUGUCAAGACACAAGACUUACAGUUUGAGCCCCCGAGACUGCCUGAAGACUUGCCUCUUCCAAAAGUGGCAGAGGAUGGUCGCACCCCCAGCCGAGCCUGCUAGACAAGCGCCCAACAAGCGGCGAAAAAGGAAGGUGUCAGGCGGCAGCAAUGUGAGCUCCGGCGGGGGCAGCAAUAACAACAGCAACAGCAAAAAGAAGAGCCCAGCCAACAGCUUCUCCCUCUCCAACCAGGACGUGAUGAUGGUGGGAGAACCCACCCUGAUGGGAGGGGAGUUUGGUGACGAGGAUGAGCGUCUGAUCACGCGACUGGAGAACACACAGUUGGACGGGGCCAACGGCCUGGAGGAUGAGGACUGUUUCAGCAGCUCGCCAGCAUUGAGAUCACACUCGCCCUGGAACAGCAAGCCCCCCUCCAGUCAGGACAGCAAGAAUGACAACUCCCAGUUGUCUCAGUAAACUAUAAACGGAGGCAGGAGGGUGCGGGGAAGGCAGUUAUUUUGUUAAUUCAAAGAUGGCUGCUGCAUGACUGAAGAUGGAGGGGUGUUCCUUCAUGGACUAGACCAAGGACCUGGUUGGAACAAAAACCUGUACAGUGCCGGAGCUUGAGGACCGGAGUUGAGAACCACUACGCAAUCUCUAUCACCUCCAACACACACACACACACACACACACACACACACACGCACUCACACACACACACACGCACUCACACACACACACAAUCUCUGUUUCAUACAACAUCCAACAUUUGGGUACAGCAGAACUGUGGUACGCAGCAUGUCUGGACAAGAUUCGACAGGAGUGUGUUUUGAUUUUCUUUCCUUUUAAUGUAAAGAAAAAAAAAUAUCCCAGAAAUAUUUUAUGCACUGUUUUCACCAUUAACUCCAAUCUAUUUUUCUUAUUGACUGUGUUCUUUUUUUUCUCCCUUUCCCUCUUUAUUGCUGAUGUAAGAAGUGAAAACCAUCUGAACCUUGCAGUAUAUUCAUGUAUAAAUAUUUGCUGUUAAACCUUUCUUCUUGUGAUGGUAAUAAUGUGAAUCGAUAUAGAAUCCUCCAUCUUGUGUCACACUGUCAGUCAAUCAAGGCCAGUGAUUUGAAUGCUCUGAUAACAUGGUGGAUGGCAGGGAUGGGGACACUUUAGCCGAUGGGAUGCAAUUAAAAAAUAUAUCACAAUGGGCAAACACACAGGAUCAUUGAACAACAAAAUUGGCAAAUGCUCAUUGUGAUGAACCUUGUUUUCAUUGUCACAUUUUUUUUUUUUUCCAUUUCGAUCGGCGUUUUUUUGGACCAUCCAACAGGCAAAAGGUUCCCCACUCCUUUGGUACGAUAGGAAGGCCUGCUUUGUAUUCGCUGUCUCAUUGUCAUCUUCAAUUCUACCUGGGGGGUACUCUCUUCUAACAGGGAAUAGAAAACAGCCCAAAUUUGCUACUCAUAUAUUUUAACAACACAUUUUGACACCAUUGUAAAAUAAGAAGAGGAAAAAAACCCUUUUGUAUUAAGUUUCCCAGAACCGUUUUUAAUCCCAAUUAAAGAAAGCUGCAGACCAAGGAGCUCCAUGUAAAGAAUCUUUCGAUAUCAACUACACUGCGCUAUUUGGUUUUCAUGAAGAAACAUUUUCUUGGCUUUACUUCUCAUGUGUGUGUCUGUGCUUGUAUAUUUUUAGCUAGUCCUUUCUGUAAAGGUUAUUCUAUGUAUCCCUCUCCUAGAACUAUAAGAAUCCCAAUUUAAUGUAAAGAGAUAAAAAAAGCCUCUUUAAAGUUUUGUUUUGAAAUGUGAUUUUUAAUGGUACAAUCACAGAUACUACAAUUGCGGCCUCAUUUUAGCAAACUGUAUUUAUUUUUCUAUGUACUGACAUGCUGUUUUUAGUCCAAUCCACUUGUACAGUGCUCAAGAAUAACCAGCAGAGUUUUUAAUGGCUGCUGGGUCAGUAAAUGCUGAAAGAGGUCUUUUUUUUUUUUUUUGGUCAUACAACGCCCAAGUAAAUACAGUCUGAUUAUUCACACACGCACAAAAAUAACUUUUCUUUGCUGUUGUAGUUUCUCGGUCCAUCUGAAUCAUGUAUCAGAUGUACAAAUAAAAUAAUCAGUUAGAUGAC